CUUGCAUGCUCUUCGACAAUCGCGCUUCAACACAACCUUUCUAUACCUCUCUCCCAGUUGCGCAUACAUCUCGACGCCAACCCUCCAUAUCUGCACUAAAGAGAUCACCACACCAGCGACGUUGAAGGCAAAUCAUAGCCCACCAUGCGCCUCACAACAGAGCUAGUCCAAAACUCGCUCUCAUACAACAACCCACUAAACGAGCGCGAACUCGACCUACGAGGCCACAAAAUCCCAGCCAUCGAGAAUCUGGGUGUCGCAAAAGACCAAGAAUGCAUCGACUUCACCGACAACGCCAUACAAGUGCUCGGAAACUUCCCCUUAUCGCCGCGACUCCAAACGCUUCUAUGCGCGCAGAAUCGAAUCUCGAGUGUUUCGGAAUCCGCGAGCAAGAGUGUGCCGAAUUUGCAUACGUUGGUUUUGACGCAGAAUAAUUUGGGCGAGCUGAGCGAUCUGGUGCCGUUGAGGGGGUUUAAGAAGCUUACGUAUGUGAGUUUGGUGGAGAAUCCGGUUGCUAGUAAGGAGAACUACCGCUACUGGCUAAUAUGGAACUGUCCGCAAAUCCGGUUCCUGGAUUUCGUCAAAGUGAAGGAUGCUGAAAGGGAGAAGGGGAAAGAGCUAUUCGGUACACACGAUGAGCCCAGCAAUCUUGCGAAGAGCAUCGCUGCGGUGAAGUCCAGCAAUGGUCUCUUCAACGCGCCUACCGCCACGACGGGUUCGCGCAUGAAGUACACGGAAGAGGAAAAGAAGAAGUUUCAAGCUAUGGUGCAGAAGGCGCAGACGCUUGCGGACAUUCAAAAGCUGGAGAAGGCUUUCAACGAGGGCAGACUGCAGAUAUAAGGAUGGUAUUUGCUCGACAUGCGAAGGCGAGUCGAA